UUUUUGGAUCAAUCAAACAGACAGUGGCUUCUUUUGAUUAAAGCCCAAAUUGUCAUUGGGCAGAAGCAAUCAUGUGACAGCCAAUUCGGUCCAAUUUCAACCUUGUCUCCAUGAAUUCAAUAGUUUAAUAGUAGCGCGGUCCCCAUACGGCUGUAAUCAGUGAAUUAGAAAAAAAACACCCCAGCAGCGAUCUUCUAUGAUAGAUUUUUUUUCCCCCUCCGCGCUCUCCUUUUUCCUGGGCCUUGCCCCCCCAAAGCCCCUCCAAAAGAGGGAACUUUUUCUCCAAGGGGGCUCCAAGGAGAAGGCCAUGAAUUACGAAUUUGAGCGAGAGAUUGGUUUUAUCAAUAGCCAGCCGUCGCUCGCUGAGUGCCUGACAUCUUUUCCCCCUGUCGCUGAUACAUUUCAAAGUUCAUCAAUCAAGACCUCGACGCUUUCACACUCGACACUGAUUCCUCCUCCUUUUGAGCAGACUAUUCCCAGCCUGAACCCGGGCAGUCACCCUCGCCACGGCGCUGGCGGCCGCCCCAAGUCGAGCCCCGCGGGCAGUCGCGGCAGCCCGGUGCCCGCCGGCGCCCUGCAGCCGCCCGAGUACCCCUGGAUGAAGGAGAAGAAAGCGGCCAAGAAAACCGCGCUGCCGCCCGCCGCCGCCGCCACCGCCGCCACGGGCCCUGCCUGCCUCAGCCACAAAGAAUCCCUGGAAAUCGCCGAUGGCAGCGGCGGGGGAUCACGGCGCCUGAGAACCGCCUACACCAACACGCAGCUUUUAGAGCUGGAAAAAGAAUUUCAUUUCAACAAGUACCUUUGCAGACCCCGAAGGGUGGAAAUCGCAGCGCUGCUGGAUUUGACUGAGAGACAAGUGAAAGUGUGGUUUCAGAACCGCAGGAUGAAGCACAAAAGGCAGACCCAGUGCAAGGAGAACCAGCACAGCGAGGGCAAGUGUAAAAGCCUGGAGGACUCGGAGAAGGCGGAGGAGGAUGAGGAAGAGAAGUCCCUCUUUGAGCAAGCCCUCAGCGUCUCCGGGGCCCUUCUGGAGAGGGAAGGUUACACUUUUCAUCAAAAUGCCCUCUCUCAGCAGCAGGCUCCCAAUGGACACAAUGGCGACUCCCAAAGUUUCCCAGUUUCUCCUUUAACCAGCAAUGAGAAAAAUCUGAAACAUUUUCAGCACCAGUCACCCACUGUUCCUAACUGCUUGUCAACAAUGGGCCAGAACUGUGGAGCUGGCCUAAACAAUGACAGUCCCGAGGCCCUCGAAGUCCCCUCUUUGCAGGACUUCAACGUUUUCUCCACAGAUUCCUGCCUUCAGCUUUCAGAUGCAGUGUCGCCCAGUUUGCCGGGUUCCCUCGACAGUCCCGUAGAUAUUUCAGCUGACAGCUUUGACUUUUUCACAGACACACUUACAACAAUCGACUUGCAGCAUCUGAAUUACUAAAACAUUAAAGCCAAACAAAGCAUCACAAAACAAAAAUCCUCAGACCAGGUGGUUUGGCCUUCUUUCAUGUCGGAGCUGCUUUUUUUUUUU